UCAUGUUCUUCUUCCGCCGAUCGAUAUAAGCUAUGGGUGUGCAGCGAGCCUGACUUAGUACCACUUCGGUAGCCUAGCCGUUCUGUUCUGAACAGUUCAGUUCUCCUCGUUGGGAGUAUCCCAGUCGAAAGUCUCUGGAAAAUCACAUCCACUACCUGGAUAGUUUCUGCCAGAAGAUAGUGCGCGCCCUGCGUUUACGCCUCGCGGAAAGUGAAUAAACUUGCAAACAGAGGUUCAAUAUUUAUCGAAUCGGGAUUCAAGUGUCUCAGUGCAAAUAGUUAAACAUACUUAAUCGUUUCUGGUUAGGCGUGAUUAUCGGACGGUUGGUGACAGUUUCGCACAAAAAUGUCUUUCAUAUUGGAGAAAUUGUUCAACAGCUACAAUCAGUUCAUUCUGGAAAAUCGAGAUGAUCGGAGUAGUCACCUACCGCUGAUGGAUGGUACCUGGCAGGUGCCGACGAUCAUUGCGGUAUACCUGAUGGCAGUACUCAAGUUCGGACCCCGCUUCAUGGAGAACCGCAAGCCGUACGAUCUCAAGAACUGGAUCCGGCUGUACAACGUGGUGCAGAUCGCCGCCAACAGUGCUUUCUUCCUGUAUGAGAUCUACCUACUCGCCAAACGACCCAACUUCUCCUACGUAUGUCAACCGGUGGACUUCUCCCGAACGACCAGUGGCUACGAAGAACUAUACAUCUCCUAUGCGUACUUCCUGCUCAAGGUGUUGGACCUGGCGGACACCAUGUUCUUCGUGUUGCGCAAGAAGCAAUCGCACGUGUCCUUCCUGCACGUCUAUCAUCACGCCAUCAUGGUCACCAUGACCUACCUCGGAGUGCUUUUCGUGCCUGGUGGCCACAUCUAUCUGCUGGGACUGUGGAACACGCUGGUGCACGCUAUCAUGUACGCUUACUACUACUUGGCCUCGUACGGAUCUCCGCUGGCCGCUCGAUUCAAGAAGUACAUGACUCGUAUGCAGCUGGUGCAGUUCAUCCAUCUGGGAAUUCACUUCGGGCGCCCGGCCUUGACCAUGUUGGACUGUGGGUUCCCUCAGCUGUGGCACUGGAUCGGGUUCGGACAGGCCAUCUUCAUUCUGGGUAUGUUCAUGGACUUCUACAUCAAAUCGUACGUGAAGAAACCGAAGAUGCAGUGAGAGGUGCAUUCUCUGCACCAAUUAGGAGCUAAUGAUGGGAUAUACAAAUUCGGAAACCGUGCUUGGGUUGUUCGUGUGAUAUCGAAAAAUUUCGGCAAUGCACUGGUGGUUUCCGAUGGUGAUUCAACGAAGUUGAUAAUCGAUCGGUUCUGUGAACCGGUCUCCGCUUAUAUUACGUAGUACUGGGGUAAGUCAUAUUGUGAUGUGAGUACUCGCUAGACUUAAGACAACGAAAUGUGUGUGAAACAGUAAUAAAUCUUAACGAAUAGUGAAAAUA